CCCAUAAUAUUUCCCAACUCCCAAACUAGAGAACUCAAAGCUUUCUUUGUACACCAACUGCAUUCCAUCUCCCACCAAUCCCUAACUGAUCUAUAAAUUUUCUCUGGAAUCUCAAACUCAUAAAAGUGUAUAAAUUUACAAUUUUCCAUCCAACCAACCCUUUUUAUAUACCCUCCAAAAACAACAAAAAAAAUGGGUCUAAGAGACAUUGGAGCAUCACUACCACCAGGGUUUAGGUUCUAUCCAAGUGAUGAAGAACUGGUUUGCCAUUAUCUUCGCAAAAAGAUUGCAAAUGAAGAAGUUUUGAAGGGAACUUUGGUGGAAAUUGACUUGCAUACAUGUGAACCAUGGCAGCUUCCUGAGGUGGCGAAGCUGAAUUCAAACGAGUGGUACUUCUUCAGCUUUCGGGAUCGCAAGUAUGCGACGGGGUUUCGGACAAACAGGGCAACAAAAACCGGGUACUGGAAAGCAACAGGGAAGGAUCGGACGGUGAAUGAUCCGAGGAGCGGAGAAGUGGUGGGGAUGAGGAAGACACUGGUAUUCUAUCAAAACAGAGCUCCCAAUGGGAUCAAAACUGGUUGGAUCAUGCAUGAGUUUCGCCUUGACAACCCACACUCACCUCCCAAGGAGGAUUGGGUUUUAUGUAGAGUAUUUCACAAAAAGGCAUCAGAGAACAGCAACAACAACCUUAGCCCACAAAAUGAGUUUGAAAGUGCCAUAACUACUGCUACUACUCGUGCCACUUUUCCUCCUCCGGACCAACACCAAAACCCUAGCACUGUACUACACUUGUCCGCAAUAAACCCUAAUUUUGUUCAGUUAUCUCAGGAGAUAAACAAUAACAUUCCAAUCACUGAAAUCAACUCUAAGCUUGAGGACGAGUACGGGUUCUUAUUCGAUAUGGGUUUCGAAGAAAGCAGCAGCUUGGGGGAUGGAGUUGCUCCAAAUUUAGACGAAAUGAGAUUUGAUUAUGAUGAUAACAGUUUGGUUUUCCUAUGAAUUAUCUUGUGAUUAAGGUUUGGUGUUUGGUUUCUUGGUUUAAUUAGCCGUAUAUAAGUCUCAUGUUUGUUGAUUAUAUUUAGAAGAUUUAUUAGGUAUUGUAGGUAUUAGUAUUGCUCAGGGUUGGUGGCUUUGUAUUAAAUUGGCUUUUGUUAAUGUUGUAAUUCUUUUCCCCUUCCUUAUUUGAUAUAUAUAUUUUUUUGUUCUUUUAUUAUC